GAUCGACUGGCCCCCGCCAAUUGAUUCCGUUAACUCCCCACCAGUCCACACAGAGAUCCACACCAUCCAUCGCGAACGAGGCCUGAUAAGCCCAUUGUGUGUGUUUCGCGUUUGUUGUGCUUUCGUUCGCUGUGUUUUCGCUUGUCUGUCCGGCGCUGGAGUAGAAAAAGAAACGUUUUGUUUCCAGUUCCAUUUAUGGCGCCAUGGCGAUGUCAACUGAUCUGAGCCAAAUGACAAAUGGUCAUAGAAAUGUGCCGAUAAUUUUGUUGUUAACUGCCGGAUUAGCCAUUGCCUUGGCGAAUGGUCAAGACGCGAGAUCCCCCGGAAAACCGCACAUCAUCAUCAUAAUGGCUGAUGAUAUGGGCUUCGACGAUGUGAGCUUUCGGGGCUCCAAUAACUUUCUCACGCCCAAUAUCGACGCCUUGGCAUAUAGCGGAGUGAUUCUGAACAAUCUGUACACCGCUGCCAUGUGCACUCCCAGCCGGGCUGCUCUUCUCACUGGAAAAUAUCCCAUUAACACAGGCAUGCAGCACUAUGUGAUCGUGAAUAAUCAGCCCUGGGGUCUGCCGCAGCAGGAGAAGACAAUGGCGGAGAUCUUCCGGGAGAACGGCUACUACACCAGUCUCCUGGGCAAGUGGCAUCUGGGGAUGUCGCAGCGCAACUUUACGCCCACCCAGCGGGGCUUCGACCAUCAUCUGGGCUACUUGGGAGCCUAUGUGGACUAUUACGACCAGACCUACCAGCAAAAUGGCAAGAACUACGCGAGAGGGCAUGACUUUCGCCUUAAUCUGAACGUCACUCACGACCAGGUGGGCCACUACGUGACCGACGUGCUCAGCGACGCGGCCGUCGAGCUGAUCGAGCAGCACAGUGGCAGCAACAGCAGCCAGCCACUCUUCCUGCUCCUCAGCCACCUGGCCCCGCAUGCGGCCAACGCCGACGAUCCCAUGCAGGCCCCCGCCGAGGAGCUGGCCAAGUUCGAGUACAUCCGGAACGAGACCCAUCGCUAUUACGCCGCCAUGGUAUCGCGGCUGGACAGGAGUGUGGGGCGAGUCAUCGAUGCCCUGGCCCGCCAGCAGAUGCUGCAGGACAGCAUUGUACUCUUCCUGUCGGACAACGGCGGACCCACAGUGGGCGAGCACUCGACGACGGCCUCCAACUAUCCCUUGAGAGGCCAAAAGAACUCUCCCUGGGAGGGAGGUCUGCGCUCGUCUGCGGCCAUCUGGAGCACCGAGUUCGAGCGGCUGGGCACCGUGUGGAAGCAGCAGACCUACAUUGGCGACCUUCUGCCGACGCUCGCCGCAGCGGCGGGCAUAGCGCCAGAUCCGGACCUGCAAUUGGACGGAAUGAAUCUCUGGUCGGCCCUCAAGUACGGUUACGAGUCGUUGGAGCGAGAGAUCGUGCACAACAUCGACAUGGACCCGUCGGCACCCUAUCUGGCCUACACCCGAGGCAAGUGGAAGGUGGUGAACGGCACCACCAACGCGGCCCUCUUCGACGGCUGGCUGGGCGAGCGGGUAACGCGGGAAGUGGAUCCCCGAUCCGCGAACUACGAGGAGCUGAUCCGCAACACCACUGUCUGGCAGCACCUCCAACUGCUUAUGGGGAGCCAGAAUGAGCGCAACAUAACCAGUCUCCGGCAGCAGGCCCAGAUCGAGUGCCCGGAGCCUCCGCGCACGACCAAGCCGUGUCUCCCGCUACUGGCCCCCUGUCUUUUCGACAUCGAUGCGGAUCCCUGCGAGCGGAACAAUCUGUACGAGGACUACCGCAACACGACCAUCUUUCUCGACUUGCUGCAACGCAUCGAGCAGUUUGCAAGCCAGGCCCAUGCUCCGAACAACAUGCCAGAGGAUCCGGAUUGCGAUCCACGCUUUUACCACAACGAGUGGACCUGGUGGCAGGACGAACAGGCCUCCGGGGCAGCCAUCAUGUGGAGCGUUGAACGAUUAAACCCUCUUCUGGUAGUAUUCGUAGGCUUUUGGUGGAUAUUGUAAACUGACAUCUGGCCCAAAAGUAUGCUCCCAAAAAUCAAUCCCAACUCUGAAAUGAAACGUCGUAAUUUUGGAAACAAAACAGCUCUUCUUCUGCAACAUUCCAUAGAACUCACAGGCGAAAGGUCCGACUAAACUGUUAGUUGGAACCAUUAAUGGUUCUUAGUAGUGUCUAAAUGGCAAUCAACUAGAUUAUGUAUGUGCCUAUCUUAUCGAUGGGCCCAUCGCUUCUGUGAAUUGUGAUAGUUGCAAAACCCCCGUCAAUAUAUAAAUACAUACCUAUAUAAAAGAGA